AUGAGCCUCCGAUUCCCCGUCCUGCUGCUGCUCACCUGCCUCGUCGGUCUCUACCUGAAUGGGGUAGCCGCCGACUGCUACAGCUGCUACGAGGCCGAUCCGGACUUGAUCAAGAAAUUGGAGAAAGACCGCGGCAGCGGUUGGGCGGAUAUGAUCCUGGAUAUGACAAAGCGCGCAAACUACAGCUCCAACUGUGAAAAAAUCUGGUGGUGGCCCGUUGACGUGUGCGCGGCUACGACAUGCAUGCAGAUGCUCUACACGGUCACCGCCUACGGCAAGCCGUUCGAUGUUGCGUUCCGCGGCUGCGGCGAAAUCAAGAAGGGCAUCGACUGGGGAUUCGUGAGAAGCGUUAAUUUCACGAUGUACAUGCACGCGUGCGAGGGUCCGCUGUGCAACAAGUUGUCGCCGCAGGAGCUGAAGGACGCCACUUGGGAGGGAACCGAAACUAAUGACUCUAAUAACAUCAGUAACACCGUGAUU